UUGUGCGUUGGAUUUUAAUUCAUUUCUCAAUUUAUAUGGAAUUGAAUUUUUCUAAUCAUAUAAUCCAACGCGAACGUAUACCCUAUAGCUGACUAGCCUGACUCCGAUGCGACGAUCGUCCGGGAUCUGGUCGAGUCCGCUCGAGUUCAGAGUUCAGCCGAGACCCAGACUCUGCUCCGUCUCCUUCUCCUUCUCAUCCUCGACGCAUUCAAAGUUACUCCAUACCUCCACAUCCAAGGUAACAUUCCUCCACCGCAACACUAGGGUUUAAGAAUUUUCACCCAAAGCCUUGACCUCUCAUGGCACUUUCUUCGAUCUCUAAAUUCCUCUCGUUCUCGCUUCUCCUCAAAACCGCAAAAUUCUCAACAGUAAAAUCCUCUGCUGCUUCCUCUGCAGAAAAAUUCUACACUCACCUGCAGAUAAAUGGUACCCAAAACAUAGAGAAAACCCUGGCCACAGUUAAUGCCAAAUUGGACCCCAAAUGCGUCUCUGAGGUCUUACAUAGAUGUCACCCAAACCAAUCCCAAAUGGGUCUUAGGUUUUUCAUUUGGGUCGGCAUUCAACCCAAUUAUAGGCACAGUUCAUUUAUGUACAGAAAAGCUUGUGAAUUGUUCGACCUUAAUCGAAAUCCUCGCGUCGUUGCUGAUGUCAUUGAGGUUUAUAGGGUUCAGGGCUGUGUGGUUGGUGCUAAGGUAUUUAAGGUGGUUUUGAACUUGUAUAGGGAAGCAAGGCUGGCUAAUGAGGCUUUGUGGGUGUUGACAAAAAUGAAGGAUUUUGGUUUGCGGGCUGAUACUACGGUCUACAAUGUGGUUAUAAGGUUGUUUUGUGAAAAGGGUGAUAUGGAUAAGGCAGAAGAGUUGAUGAAUGAGAUGGGUUUGAAUGAUCUUUAUCCCGAUAUGAUCACCUUUGUUGCAAUGAUUAGAGGGUUUUGUAGGGUCGGUAGGUUAGAGGAUGCUUGUGGAUUGGUUGAGGUUAUAAGGGGGCGGGGGUGUCUGCCUAAUGCUGUGAUGUAUUCGGCCCUUCUUCAUGGCAUUUGUAGGUGGGGAAGUUUGGAGAAGGCAUUAGAAUUGUUGGGUAAGAUGGAGAAAGUAGGUGGGGAAUGUAGUCCAAAUGUUGUUACAUAUACGUCUGUGAUUCAGAGUUUGUGUGAUAAAAGUCAGACAAUAGAGGCAUUGAAGAUUCUGGACAGGAUGGAAGCUUUUGGGUGUUCUCCAAAUCGCGUUACGGUUAGUAGUUUGAUAAAGGGUCUUUGUGUGGAGGGGCAUUUAGAAGAGGCUUACAAGGUGAUUGAUAAAGUUGUUGCAGGAGGCAGUGUUUCAUAUGGUGAUUGCUAUAGUUCUCUAAUACUAUCGUUGGUCAAACUUAAAAAACUCGAGGAUGCAGAGAAGCUCUUUAGAGAGAUGCUUGCUAGUGGUGUCAAACCUGAUAGUUUGGCAUGUAGCAUUUUGAUAAAGGAGCUUUGUUUGGAAGGACGGAUGCUAGACGGGUUUCGGUUAUGUGACGAAAUUGAAAAGAUGAAGGUCUUGUCAUCUGUGGAUUCUGAUCUUUAUUCUAUUCUUUUAGUUGGGCUUUGUCAACAAAGCCAUUUCGUGGAGGCCGCAAGGCUUACACAGUUGAUGCUCAAGAAAGGAAUUAGAUUGAAAGCUUCUUAUACUGAAAUUAUAGUUGAACACCUGAAGCAAUUUGAAGAUGAGGAGCUAGUUAAGCACUUGAGUGAGAUUGGAAAAUAACACUGAAUAAACAGUCUUUCGCCUGUCUAAGGGGACCUUAUUUGUUGAUUUGAGCAGGGUGAAAUUUACAUAGUUCUGAAUCUCUAAUUGUGAAGAAAACGAGUCUGUAAUUUUAAAAUUUCCAAUACUGUCUCCUUUCAUCUGGUAAUUA